AUGGCAGCUUCCCUUAACGCUUUUGCUGCUACGACAAUAGGAUUUUGUGAAUGUGAGUUGUCGAGUAUAAAGAUUUCUCAGACUCCGACAGGAGUUGCGAUUCAUGGAAAACCUGAGUACGAGGUUUCCAUAACUAAUGAUUGCAUAUGUACUCAGUUGGACGUGGUGAUAAAUUGUCCUGGCUUCCACUCCGUUGAAGGUGUACGCCCUAGCAUCUUCGAGCCAACUGGUGCUGAUCUUUGUACCCUUAAAAGCGGUGGACCAGUUUUCUACAAUGACGUAAUCAAGUUCAAGUAUGCAUCGGAUCAUUCAAUUGCACUAACUCCCUCAAGCUCUCGUAUUAGUUGUUCUUAA